AUGCGUAAGUUAGGGAUGCACGUGGAAAAUGGGCUGAUAUGUCGAGAACUCCCGCUUGCCGGCCACAGCGUUGUGCAGGAGCAACCGGAAGAAGAGCAGCGACUUCGCCUGAUACUGCCCCACCUGUCGUUAGCCUGCUCUUGCCUCGCGUAUGUCAUCGUCGUUUCAUCCAUAUUGCUGCAUUUUGAAAAGCCUGCUGAAGUCGUGUUGAAGGCGAGCGCGCAACGGGAGUUUGCCGUUGAAGUUUUAAGGCUUGAAGAAAUCCUUCACCGCAAUUUCUCUUCGGAAAUGGCGCGACAGCUUGCCAUCUUCGAACGAUUGGACCACUUGACCGAGCUGCAUUUUUAUUGGUACGAGCAGCGCUACAGCCCGGACGAGCAAUGGAAUUUUCCGAAUGCUCUGUUCUUUUGCGUGUCAAUGUUGACAACUAUUGGCUAUGGCACAAUCGCUCCAUUGACCAGGGCCGGCCGAUUGCUAUCCAUCGGUGCUUCCCUUCUCGGCGUCCCAUUAAUGCUGAUCACAGUGACGGAUAUUGGAAUGUUUCUUGCUGAAGCCUGCAAACUGUUGAGUCAUAAAUAUACCUAUGGUCAUUCCUGUCCCUCGGUGCUCCCCGGUACAGCCAUCUUCCUCAUUUUGAUCGGCUAUAUUUUUCUGGGUACCGGAUUGAUGAGCCAAUGCGACGGCGGCCAUAAUAUGAUCGACUCUUUUUAUUGGUCCUUCAUCACAAUGACGUCAAUUGGGUUUGGUGAUAUUGUGCCUGAAAGCCGAAUGGCGAUGCUGGGAUGCGGCUUAUAUAUGGUCAUAGGGAUCUCAAUCACGACGAUGUGCAUCGACCAAUCAGUCGCGUACCACAUUCAUAGAAUACAUUUCUUUGGCAGACGAAUGGCAUCGAACAUUUCUGAUAUUGUUGGACAUGCUCGUUUCUUGAGACGGAGGCCGGGCAUGAUUUUGGACCAAAUGGACGGCGGUUUAUUGGAACACCUACGGGCCCUGGCCUUGGCUGAUCGGCCGUUCAAACAAAAACAAUCGGCCACAAGCGGGUUAGGAGCCUACGAUCCGGAGGAAGCGGACUGCUUCCGCUGGAUUGAUCAGAGUCGCGGAAUAAGCGUCGUCACCAGGAAGGGGACAGUAAUAAAGUCUUUCCGCGCUCAUCGGCCUCCUAUCGAUUAUCUG